CUUUACCAACAUUAUGUCGAGCGUAGAAGAUGCUGAUCUGGAGAACCUACGUGCCCAGAGAGAGCAAUUGAAGAAACAGCGAGAAGAAUCAAAAAAUUCGACGCUGAAAACACCAAGUAUUGCAGGUACCCAUGAUUCUCAUCAUUUACAAUAUGAUACUCAUAUAUAUAAUACCAGCAAUGUAAACGAUGAAUAUGAAAGAGCAAUUGAUGUUCAUGACGACGAAUAUGAAGAGAAUAAUACAGGUUUGCCAGACGGAGUCGAUACGAGUAGACCUCUGGUGCGUCAAUAUGAAGCUCCAAAGGAGCUUCUUACGGAAUAUGCUGAUGUAAAUUACGAUCCAAUGGCCGAAACACAAUCGAAAAAACAAAUUCAGGAUCGGGAGUCGGACUAUCAAAAGCGGCGGUUUCAAAGAAGAUUAGGUCCAACAAGAAAUGAUGCCUUUCGCGAGGAUGGGAAAAUGGAUGGUGGAUGGUCAUAUACCGAUGCCAUGCGGGAGGUUGAGCUGGAGAAGGAAGAAGACAGAGUGUACCGAGAAAUUAAUCAAAGAAGACGAGAGGGAACGUUAGAAGAAGAAGGAUAUAAGGAUAUUCCAGAAGAGAAGAAGCGUACAGUGGAGAACGUUUCCACUGAGCCCACUCCAAAACCCAAAAGGUCGAGAUGGGAUCAAGGCCCUCCCAAGGUAGGUGAAACAAUGGCUCCUGCUAGGCGAUCUCGAUGGGAUAAAGCUCCUGAAGCUUCUCCGAUUUCUGAUUAUGUGGCAGAAAAUGGCAUUAAAAAAUUAGAGUCUAUUUCUCAUGAACAGCAAGUUCCUAUUCAGCGUAGAAUAACAGAUGAAGAACUAAAUUCUUUACUUCCUUCAGAAGGAUAUGUUGUUUUGGAACCCCCUGCAGGCUACAUCGAGUCUAUACAUCCUGAAGUGAAUGAAAAGGAACCUAUAGUAGAUACGUAUCACAUCCCUGAAGAGCAGCAAUUGCCUCAGCAGAGAGAAUUGCCUGCUACAUUACCUACAGAAGUUCCUGGUGUUGGUGACCUAGCCUUCUUUAAACAAGAAGACGUUAAGUAUUUUGGAAAAUUACUUCAAACAAAAGACGAAGCUGAUUUGUCAAUUGCCGAGCUUCGAGAACGGAAGAUUCUUAGACUUUUAUUAAAAGUAAAAAAUGGUACUCCUCCCAUGAGAAAGAGUGCUUUACGUCAAUUGACAGAUCAGGCUCGUGAUUUUGGUGCUGCUGCUUUAUUUAAUCAAAUUCUUCCUUUGUUAAUGGAACGAACUUUAGAAGACCAGGAACGUCAUUUGUUGGUGAAAGUAAUUGACCGGAUUUUGUACAAACUUGAUGAGUUAGUUCGUCCCUUUACACAUAAAAUUUUAGUCGUCAUUGAGCCUCUAUUAAUUGAUGAAGAUUAUUAUGCACGUGCCGAAGGUAGAGAAAUUAUUAGUAAUCUGGCAAAAGCUUCUGGUCUGGCUCAUAUGAUUGCUACUAUGCGACCGGAUAUAGACCAUGUUGAUGAAUAUGUCAGAAAUACGACUGCUAGAGCAUUUUCAGUCGUUGCCUCUGCUCUUGGCGUUCCUGCCCUACUCCCAUUUUUGAAAGCAGUAUGCCGCAGUAAGAAAUCUUGGCAAGCCAGACACACCGGUGUCCGUAUUAUACAGCAAAUAGCUUUGCUAAUGGGAUGCUCGGUUUUACCGCAUUUAAAGAGUUUGGUUGAAUGUAUUGGUCAUGGCCUAGAAGAUGAACAACAAAAAGUAAGAACUAUGACGGCCCUGGCUCUAUCCGCAUUAGCUGAAGCGGCUACUCCGUAUGGUAUUGAGGCUUUUGAUUCCAUUCUUAAGCCAUUAUGGUCUGGCGUUCAACGCCAUCGUGGUAAGAGUCUAGCUGCUUUCUUAAAAGCAACCGGGUUUAUUAUUCCUUUAAUGGAACCUGAAUAUGCUAGUCAUUUUACUAAGAGGAUUAUGAAGAUUGUUUUGAGAGAAUUCAGUUCUCCCGAUGAAGAGAUGAAAAAAAUUGUUUUAAAAGUUGUCUCUCAAUGCGCUUCUACAGACGGUGUUAGUUCGGAAUAUCUAAAAACAGAGGUUUUACCAGAAUUCUUUCAUUGUUUCUGGUCUCGAAGAAUGGCUUCUGAUCGUCGUAGCUAUAAACAAGUUGUUGAAACAACUUUCGUUUUAGCUGGUCAGGUUGGUGUUUUACAAAUCGUAGACAGGAUUGUGAACAAUUUCAAAGAUGAGUCUGAACCUUAUAGAAAAAUGACAGCUGAAACUGUUGGUAAGGUAAUUGGCUCUUUAGGUGUAUCUGAAAUUGAUGAACGAACAGAAGAAUUGCUGCUGGACGGUGUUCUUUUUGCGUUUCAAGAACAGUCUGUCGAAGAAAAUGUGAUCUUGAACUGUUUCAGUACUGUCGUAAAUUCGUUAGGGGUACGAUGUAAACCUUAUCUUCCCCAAAUUGUUUCUACCAUAUUGUAUCGGUUAAACAAUAAAUCCGCGAAUGUUAGAGAACAAGCUGCUGAUUUAGUAUCUAGAAUUACAGUCGUGAUGAGAGCUUGUGGUGAAGAAGCUUUGAUGAGAAAGUUAGGUGUUGUCCUUUAUGAGUAUUUAGGUGAGGAGUACCCUGAAGUUUUGGGAUCAAUAUUAGGGUCUUUGAAGGCAAUCGUUUCCGUCGUUGGUAUGUCCUCAAUGCAACCUCCGAUAAAAGACUUGUUGCCUCGUCUUACACCUAUUUUGAGAAAUAGACAUGAAAAGGUUCAAGAGAAUACCAUUGAUCUUGUCGGCAGAAUUGCUGACAGAGGUUCCGAGUUUGUUUCUGCUCGCGAAUGGAUGCGUAUUUGUUUCGAGUUAAUUGAUAUGUUGAAAGCUCACAGGAAAAGUAUUCGAAGAGCAGCUAUCAACACCUUUGGUUAUAUUUCUAAAGCUAUUGGCCCACAAGAUGUUUUAGCUACAUUAUUGAACAAUUUGAAGGUUCAAGAGCGUCAAAAUCGUGUUUGUACUACGGUAGCUAUUGCAAUCGUAGCUGAAACUUGUAUGCCUUUUACUGUCAUACCUGCAUUGAUGGCAGAUUAUCGAACCCCAGAAAUGAACGUUCAAAAUGGUGUUUUGAAGUCAUUGGCUUUCAUGUUCGAGUAUAUUGGUGAACAAGCACGCGAUUAUGUUUAUGCAAUUACUCCUCUGUUAGCAAACGCAUUAAUGGACCGGGACGCUGUCCAUAGACAAACCGCAGCUUCGGUGGUGAAGCAUUUGUCAUUAGGCUGCGUAGGUUUAGGAGUUGAAGAUGCAAUGAUUCAUCUACUAAAUCUUCUUUGGCCAAAUAUUUUGGAAGAAUCACCUCACGUCAUUAAUGCUGUACGCGAAGGAAUUGAUGGUAUUCGCAAUUGCGUUGGCGUAGGUGUCGUUUUGGCUUAUUUAAUGCAAGGACUCUUUCAUCCAAGUCGAAAAGUUCGUAAUACUUAUUGGACUUCGUAUAAUUCCGCAUACGUCCAAAGUGCUGAUGCUAUGGUCCCUUACUAUCCACAUGUUGAAGAUGAUCAAUUCAAUACUUACGAAUUUAAACCGUUGCAUAUCUGUAUUUAAGUAAAGCGCGGUUCUACGAACAAUUUAUAAUAUCAACCAAAUUUGGAUUUGAGAUGGUCUGUACAUAUAUGUAUAAUAAUAAAGUUUGUUAAUAAAUUUUGGUAAGGGAAGGAAACAUAAAAUAGCACGUAUAUAUAAAGUUAAAAUACAUAAUUAUCCAC